AUGGAGAGCAGAAAAAUAACCGAUCGCCAGAUCACAGCUUCAACCGAAUAUAACGCUGUACACGGCGCCACCAAUGGCAGACUCAAUUUCAAGGCUGGAGGAGGUAAGACUGGCGCAUGGUCCGCCCGCACCAAUGACGUUAAUCAGUGGCUACAAGUGGAUCUUGGAGCUAAAACCGAGGUGACAGGAAUACAGAUCCAGGGACGACAAGACGCGGAUCAAUGGGUUACGAGCUUUACUAUCUCCUACAGCAGCGACGGAACCACCUAUACAUUUUAUCAGAACAGCAAGGUAUGGAAAAAAAUGAAAAUCGUUGCAAAACAAACUCAAGCAAUUAACUAAUUCAAUCUCGACUCGGUAAAAUGAAAUUCUCUCAAAACCUUAAGGUUACAUUAAAAACUAAGCAACACUGUUUGUUACUCUCCACAAGUAACUAACUAGUUUAACCUUAACACUUCUCGAUCAUUUACCUGUUCCAGGUCUUUAAUGGAAACACGGACCGCAACACCGUGGUUUUGAACGUUUUGCACCCUUCCAUAAAUGCACGCUACAUUCGGGUGCAUCCUAAGACGUGGCGUGGCCAUAUUUCUAUGAGGAUGGAACUAUUGGGAUGUCCGUCAGGUACUGACAAUCUUGUUCGUUUUCUUCUUAAUUAACAAACAACUUCCCACUUACUUUUACCACAGCGGUACACAAUUUACUCGCAUAGUCUUUCAACUGCAGGUCACUCCUCUUAUUAUUAGAAAGUCACAGGCCCAAACAAUUUCUUUUACAAUUCUGUAAUCAAUUUUAUGGAAUGACGCGUCGUGCCUUUAAACUAAGGAUCAUGCAUAGCAAAUACGUGGCCUGUCAAAAUCAAAAAAGAUCUAUUUUUAAAGAAAUGCAAUUUUACAAACAACGCUUUAGCGACAAUGAGACUUUAAAACAACUCUGUCGCAUGUGGAACUUUUACAACAAUUUUUCCUCCAUUGUGCUGUGAAUGAUACACCACAGAAAAGUGCAAGUAGGCAUCCAAAUUGCAAGUCCUUAACGCAAAAAUCGUGCAAAAACAGUUGAACAUCAACUAACACUAUUGUCGUCUAAGCAAAUGUAUUCUCUUUCUAUAGCAUGUUCCGACCCUCUCGGGAUGGAGAGCAGAAAAAUAACCGAUGGCCAGAUCACAGCUUCAACCGAAUAUAACGCUGUACACGGCGCCACCAAUGGCAGACUCAAUUUCAAGGCCGGAGGAGGUAAGACUGGCGCAUGGUCCGCCCGCACCAAUGACGUUAAUCAGUGGCUACAAGUGGAUCUUGGAGCUAAAACCGAGGUGACAGGAAUACAGAUCCAGGGACGACAAGACGCGGAUCAAUGGGUUACGAGCUUUACUAUCUCCUACAGCAGCGACGGAACCACCUAUACAUUUUAUCAGAACAGCAAGGUAUGGAAAAAAAUGAAAAUCGUUGCAAAACAACCUCAAGCAAUUAACUAAUUCAAUCUCGACUCGGUAACAUGAAAUUCUCUCAAAACCUCAGGCCCAAAUUAAAAACUUAGCAACACUGUCUGUUACCCUUCCACAAGUAACUACCUAGUUUAACCUUAACACUUCUCGAUCAUUUACCUGCUCCAGGUCUUUAAUGGAAACACGGACCGCAACACCGUGGUUUUGAACGUUUUGCACCCUUCCAUAAAUGCACGCUACAUUCGGGUGCAUCCUAAGACGUGGCGUGGCCAUAUUUCUAUGAGGAUGGAACUAUUGGGAUGUCCGUCAGGUACUGACAAUCUUGUUCGUUUUCUUCUUAAUUAACAAACAACUUCCCACUUACUUUUACCACAGCGGUACACAAUUUACUCGCAUAGUCUUUCAACUGCAGGUCACUCCUCUUAUUAUUAGAAAGUCACAGGCCCAAACAAUUUCUUUUACAAUUCUGUAAUCAAUUUUAUGGAAUGACGCGUCGUGCCUUUAAACUAAGGAUCAUGCAUAGCAAAUACGUGGGCUGUCAAAAUCAAAAAGGAUCUAUUUUUAAACAAAUGCAAUUUUACAAACAACGCUUUAGCGACAAUGAGACUUUAAAACAACUUUGUUGCAUGUGGAACUUUUACAACAAUUUUUCCUACAUUGUGCUGUGAAUGAUACACCACAGAAAAGUGCAAGUAGGCAUCCAAAUUGCAAGUCCUUAACGCAAUAAUCGUGCAAAAACAAUUGAACAUCAACUAGCACUAUAGUUGUCUAAGCAAAUGUAUUCUCUUUGUAUAGCAUGUUCCGACCCUCUCGGGAUGGAGAGCAGAAAAAUAACCGAUGGCCAGAUCACAGCUUCAACCGAAUAUAACGCUGUACACGGCGCCACCAAUGGCAGACUCAAUUUCAAGGCUGGAGGAGGUAAGACUGGCGCAUGGUCCGCCCGCACCAAUGACGUUAAUCAGUGGCUACAAGUGGAUCUUGGAGCUAAAACCGAGGUGACAGGAAUACAGAUCCAGGGACGACAAGACGCGGAUCAAUGGGUUACGAGCUUUACUAUCUCCUACAGCAGCGACGGAACCACCUAUACAUUUUAUCAGAACAGCAAGGUAUGGAAAAAAAUAAAAAUCGUUGCAAAACAACCUCAAGCAAUUAACUAAUUCAAUCUCGACUCGGUAACAUGAAAUUCUCUCAAAACCUCAGGCCCAAAUUAAAAACUUAGCAACACUGUUUGUUACCCUUCCACAAGUAACUAACUAGUUUAACCUUAACACUUCUCGAUCAUUUACCUGCUCCAGGUCUUUAAUGGAAACACGGACCGCAACACCGUGGUUUUGAACGUUUUGCACCCUUCCAUAAAUGCACGCUACAUUCGGGUGCAUCCUAAGACGUGGCGUGGCCAUAUUUCUAUGAGGAUGGAACUAUUGGGAUGUCCGUCAGGUACUGACAAUCUUGUUCGUUUUCUUCUUAAUUAACAAACAACUUCCCACUUACUUUUACCACAGCGGUACACAAUUUACUCGCAUAGUCUUUCAACUGCAGGUCACUCCUCUUAUUAUUAGAAAGUCACAGGCCCAAAAAAUUUCUUUUACAAUUAUGUAAUCAAUUUUAUGGAAUGACGCGUCGUGCCUUUAAACUAAGGAUCAUGUAUAGCAAAUAUGUGGGCUGCCAAAAUCAAAAAAGAUCUAUUUUUAAACAAAUGCAAUUUUACAAACGACGCUUUAGCGACAAUGACACUUUAAAACAACUUUGUUGCAUGUGGAACUUUUACAACAAUUUUUCCUACAUUGUGCUGUGAAUGAUACACCACAGAAAAGUGCAAGUAGGCAUCCAAAUUGCAAGUCCUUAACGCAAUAAUCGUGCAAAAACAGUUGAACAUCAGAUAGCACUAUAGUUGUCUAAGCACAUGUAUUCUCUUUGUAUAGCAUGUUCCGACCCUCUCGGAAUGGAGAGCAGAAAAAUAACCGAUGGCCAGAUCACAGCUUCAACCGAAUAUAACGCUGUACACGGCGCCACCAAUGGCAGACUCAAUUUCAAGGCUGGAGGAGGUAAGACUGGCGCAUGGUCCGCCCGCACCAAUGACGUUAAUCAGUGGCUACAAGUGGAUCUUGGAGCUAAAACCGAGGUGACAGGAAUACAGAUCCAGGGACGACAAGACGCGGAUCAAUGGGUUACGAGCUUUACUAUCUCCUACAGCAGCGACGGAACCACCUAUACAUUUUAUCAGAACAGCAAGGUAUGGAAAAAAAUAAAAAUCGUUGCAAAACAACCUCAAGCAAUUAACUAAUUCAAUCUCGACUCGGUAACAUGAAAUUCUCUCAAAACCUCAGGCCCAAAUUAAAAACUUAGCAACACUGUUUGUUACCCUUCCACAAGUAACUAACUAGUUUAACCUUAACACUUCUCGAUCAUUUACCUGCUCCAGGUCUUUAAUGGAAACACGGACCGCAACACCGUGGUUUUGAACGUUUUGCACCCUUCCAUAAAUGCACGCUACAUUCGGGUGCAUCCUAAGACGUGGCGUGGCCAUAUUUCUAUGAGGAUGGAACUAUUGGGAUGUCCGUCAGGUACUGACAAUCUUGUUCGUUUUCUUCUUAAUUAACAAACAACUUCCCACUUACUUUUACCACAGCGGUACACAAUUUACUCGCAUAGUCUUUCAACUGCAGGUCACUCCUCUUAUUAUUAGAAAGUCACAGGCCCAAACAAUUUCUUUUACAAUUAUGUAAUCAAUUUUAUGGAAUGACGCGUCGUGCCUUUAAACUAAGGAUCAUGCAUAGCAAAUACGUGGGCUGCCAAAAUCAAAAAGGAUAUAUUUUUAAAGAAAUGCAAUUUUACAUACAACGCUUUAGCGACAAUGACACUUUAAAACAACUUUGUUGCAUGUGGAACUUUUACAACAAUUUUUCCUACAUUGUGCUGUGAAUGAUACACCACAGAAAAGUGCAAGUAGGCAUCCAAAUUGCAAGUCCUUAACGCAAUAAUCGUCCAAAAACAGUUGAACAUCAACUACCACUAUAGUUGUCUAAGCAAAUGUAUUCUCUUUCUAUAGCAUGUUCCGACCCUCUCGGGAUGGAGAGCAGAAAAAUAACCGAUGGCCAGAUCACAGCUUCAACCGAAUAUAACGCUGUACACGGCGCCACCAAUGGCAGACUCAAUUUCAAGGCCGGAGGAGGUAAGACUGGCGCAUGGUCCGCCCGCACCAAUGACGUUAAUCAGUGGCUACAAGUGGAUCUUGGAGCUAAAACCGAGGUGACAGGAAUACAGAUCCAGGGACGAGAAGACGCGGAUCAAUGGGUUACGAGCUUUACUAUCUCCUACAGCAACGACGGAACCACCUAUACAUUUUAUCAGAACAGCAAGGUAUGGAAAAAAAUAAAAAUCGUUGCAAAACAAACUCAAGCAAUUAACUAAUUCAAUCUCGACUCGGUAAAAUGAAAUUCUCUCAAAACCUUAAGAUUACAUUAAAAACUAAGCAACACUGUUUGUUACUCUCCACAAGUAACUAACUAGUUUAACCUUAACACUUCUCGAUCAUUUACCUGCUCCAGGUCUUUAAUGGAAACACGGACCGCAACACCGUGGUUUUGAACGUUUUGCACCCUUCCAUAAAUGCACGCUACAUUCGGGUGCAUCCUAAGACGUGGCGUGGCCAUAUUUCUAUGAGGAUGGAACUAUUGGGAUGUCCGUCAGGUACUGACAAUCUUGUUCGUUUUCUUCUUAAUUAACAAACAACUUCCCACUUACUUUUACCACAGCGGUACACAAUUUACUCGCAUAGUCUUUCAACUGCAGGUCACUCCUCUUAUUAUUAGAAAGUCACAGGCCCAAACAAUUUCUUUUACAAUUAUGUAAUCAAUUUUAUGGAAUGACGCGUCGUGCCUUUAAACUAAGGAUCAUGCAUAGGAAAUACGUGGCCUGUCAAAAUCAAAAAAGAUCUAUUUUUAAACAAAUGCAAUUUUACAUACAACGCUUUAGCGACAAUGAGACUUUAAAACAACUUUGUUGCAUGUGGAACUUUUACAACAAUUUUUCCUACAUUGUGCGUUGAAUGAUACACCACAGAAAAGUGAAAGUAGGCAUUCAAAUUGCAAUUCCUUAACGCAAUAAUCGUGCAAGAACAGUUGAAUAUCAACUAGCACUAUAGUUGUCUAAGCAAAUGUAUUCUCUUUGUAUAGGAUGUUCCGACCCUCUCGGGAUGGAGAGCAGAAAAAUAACCGAUCGCCAGAUCACAGCUUCAACCGAAUAUAACGCUGUACACGGCGCCACCAAUGGCAGACUCAAUUUCAAGGCUGGAGGAGGUAAGACUGGCGCAUGGUCCGCCCGCACCAAUGACGUUAAUCAGUGGCUACAAGUGGAUCUUGGAGCUAAAACCGAGGUGACAGGAAUACAGAUCCAGGGACGACAAGACGCGGAUCAAUGGGUUACGAGCUUUACUAUCUCCUACAGCAGCGACGGAACCACCUAUACAUUUUAUCAGAACAGCAAGGUAUGGAAAAAAAUGAAAAUCGUUGCAAAACAAACUCAAGCAAUUAACUAAUUCAAUUUCGACUCAGUAAAAUGAAAUUCUCUCAAAACCUUAAGGUUACAUUAAAAACUAAGCAACACUGUUUGUUACUCUCCACAAGUAACUAACUAGUUUAACCUUAACACUUCUCGAUCAUUUACCUGCUCCAGGUCUUUAAUGGAAACACGGACCGCAACACCGUGGUUUUGAACGUUUUGCACCCUUCCAUAAAUGCACGCUACAUUCGGGUGCAUCCUAAGACGUGGCGUGGCCAUAUUUCUAUGAGGAUGGAACUAUUGGGAUGUCCGUCAGGUACUGACAAUCUUGUUCGUUUUCUUCUUAAUUAACAAACAACUUCCCACUUACUUUUACCACAGCGGUACACAAUUUACUCGCAUAGUCUUUCAACUGCAGGUCACUCCUCUUAUUAUUGGAAAGUCACAGGCCCAAACAAUUUCUUUUACAAUUAUGUAAUCAAUUUUAUGGAAUGACGCGUCAUGCCUUUAAACUAAGGAUCAUGCAUAGGAAAUACGUGGCCUGUCAAAAUCAAAAAAGAUCUAUUUUUAAACAAAUGCAAUUUUACAUACAACGCUUUAGCGACAAUGAGACUUUAAAACAACUUUGUUGCAUGUGGAACUUUUACAACAAUUUUUCCUACAUUGUGCUGUGAAUGAUACACCACAGAAAAGUGCAAGUAGGCAUCCAAAUUGCAAGUCCUUAACGCAAUAAUCGUCCAAAAACAGUUGAACAUCAACUACCACUAUAGUUGUCUAAGCAAAUGUAUUCUCUUUCUAUAGCAUGUUCCGACCCUCUCGGGAUGGAGAGCAGAAAAAUAACCGAUGGCCAGAUCACAGCUUCAACCGAAUAUAACGCUGUACACGGCGCCACCAAUGGCAGACUCAAUUUCAAGGCUGGAGGAGGUAAGACUGGCGCAUGGUCCGCCCGCACCAAUGACGUUAAUCAGUGGCUACAAGUGGAUCUUGGAGCUAAAACCGAGGUGACAGGAAUACAGAUCCAGGGACGACAAGACGCAGAUCAAUGGGUUACGAGCUUUACUAUCUCCUACAGCAGCGACGGAACCACCUAUACAUUUUAUCAGAACAGCAAGGUAUGGAAAAAAAUGAAAAUCGUUGCAAAACAAACUCAAGCAAUUAACUAAUUCAAUUUCGACUCAGUAAAAUGAAAUUCUCUCAAAACCUUAAGGUUACAUUAAAAACUAAGCAACACUGUUUGUUACUCUCCACAAGUAACUAACUAGUUUAACCUUAACACUUCUCGAUCAUUUACCUGCUCCAGGUCUUUAAUGGAAACACGGACCGCAACACCGUGGUUUUGAACGUUUUGCACCCUUCCAUAAAUGCACGCUACAUUCGGGUGCAUCCUAAGACGUGGCGUGGCCAUAUUUCUAUGAGGAUGGAACUAUUGGGAUGUCCGUCAGGUACUGACAAUCUUGUUCGUUUUCUUCUUAAUUAACAAACAACUUCCCACUUACUUUUACCACAGCGGUACACAAUUUACUCGCAUAGUCUUUCAACUGCAGGUCACUCCUCUUAUUAUUAGAAAGUCACAGGCCCAAACAAUUUCUUUUACAAUUAUGUAAUCAAUUUUAUGGAAUGACGCGUCGUGCCUUUAAACUAAGGAUCAUGCAUAGCAAAUACGUGGGCUGCCAAAAUCAAAAAGGAUCUAUUUUUAAACAAAUGCAAUUUUACAAACAACGCUUUAGCGACAAUGACACUUUAAAACAACUUUGUUGCAUGUGGAACUUUUACAACAAUUUUUCCUACAUUGUGCUGUGAAUGAUACACCACAGAAAAGUGCAAGUAGGAAUCCAAAUUGCAAGUCCUUAACGCAAUAAUCGUGCAAAAACAAUUGAACAUCAACUAGCACUAUAGUUGUCUAAGCAAAUGUAUUCUCUUUGUAUAGCAUGUUCCGACCCUCUUGGGAUGGAGAGCAGAAAAAUAACCGAUCGCCAGAUCACAGCUUCAACCGAAUAUAACGCUGUACACGGCGCCACCAAUGGCAGACUCAAUUUCAAGGCUGGAGGAGGUAAGACUGGCGCAUGGUCCGCCCGCACCAAUGACGUUAAUCAGUGGCUACAAGUGGAUCUUGGAGCUAAAACCGAGGUGACAGGAAUACAGAUCCAGGGACGACAAGACGCAGAUCAAUGGGUUACGAGCUUUACUAUCUCCUACAGCAGCGACGGAACCACCUAUACAUUUUAUCAGAACAGCAAGGUAUGGAAAAAAAUGAAAAUCGUUGCAAAACAAACUCAAGCAAUUAACUAAUUCAAUUUCGACUCAGUAAAAUGAAAUUCUCUCAAAACCUUAAGGUUACAUUAAAAACUAAGCAACACUGUUUGUUACUCUCCACAAGUAACUAACUAGUUUAACCUUAACACUUCUCGAUCAUUUACCUGCUCCAGGUCUUUAAUGGAAACACGGACCGCAACACCGUGGUUUUGAACGUUUUGCACCCUUCCAUAAAUGCACGCUACAUUCGGGUGCAUCCUAAGACGUGGCGUGGCCAUAUUUCUAUGAGGAUGGAACUAUUGGGAUGUCCGUCAGGUACUGACAAUCUUGUUCGUUUUCUUCUUAAUUAACAAACAACUUCCCACUUACUUUUACCACAGCGGUACACAAUUUACUCGCAUAGUCUUUCAACUGCAGGUCACUCCUCUUAUUAUUAGAAAGUCAAAGGCCCAAACAAUUUCUUUUACAAUUAUGUAAUCAAUUUUAUGGAAUGACGCGUCAUGCCUUUAAACUAAGGAUCAUGCAUAGGAAAUACGUGGCCUGUCAAAAUCAAAAAAGAUCUAUUUUUAAACAAAUGCAAUUUUACAUACAACGCUUUAGCGACAAUGAGACUUUAAAACAACUUUGUUGCAUGUGGAACUUUUACAACAAUUUUUCCUACAUUGUGCUGUGAAUGAUACACCACAGAAAAGUGCAAGUAGGAAUCCAAAUUGCAAGUCCUUAACGCAAUAAUCGUGCAAAAACAAUUGAACAUCAACUAGCACUAUAGUUGUCUAAGCAAAUGUAUUCUCUUUGUAUAGCAUGUUCCGACCCUCUUGGGAUGGAGAGCAGAAAAAAUAACCGAUCGCCAGAUCACAGCUUCAACCGAAUAUAA